GCUGGCACCGUGGACUACAACAUCGCCGGGUGGCUUGACAAGAACAAGGACCCCCUGAAUGAGACCGUGGUGGGGCUCUACCAGAAGUCUGGACUGAAGACUCUGGCUUUCCUGUUCUCCGGAGGACCAAGUGCUGAAGCUGGUGGUGGUGGAAAGAAAGGUGGCAAGAAGAAGGGUUCUUCCUUCCAGACCGUAUCUGCUCUUUUCAGGGAGAAUUUAAAUAAGCUGAUGACCAACUUGAGGAGUACUCACCCCCACUUUGUACGCUGCCUCAUUCCCAAUGAAACUAAAACUCCUGGUGCCAUGGAGCAUGAACUGGUGCUACACCAGCUGAGGUGUAACGGUGUGCUUGAAGGCAUCCGCAUCUGUAGGAAAGGGUUCCCCAGCAGGAUCCUUUAUGCAGACUUCAAACAGAGAUACAAGGUUCUAAAUGCAAGCGCUAUCCCAGAGGGUCAGUUCAUUGACAGCAAGAAAGCUUCUGAGAAGCUUCUAGGGUCUAUUGACAUUGACCACACCCAGUACAAAUUUGGUCACACCAAGGUGUUCUUUAAAGCUGGUCUUCUGGGAACUCUAGAGGAAAUGCGAGAUGAAAAGCUGGCUCAACUCAUCACACGCACACAAGCCAUGUGCAGAGGAUACCUGAUGAGAGUGGAGUUCAAGAAGAUGAUGGAGAGGAGAGAAUCCAUCUUCUGCAUUCAGUACAACGUCCGUGCCUUCAUGAAUGUGAAGCACUGGCCCUGGAUGAAGCUGUAUUUCAAGAUCAAGCCUCUGCUCAAGAGUGCGGAGACUGAGAAGGAGAUGGCCAACAUGAAGGAAGAUUUUGAGAAGACCAAAGAAGAGCUGGCUAAGUCAGAGGCAAAAAGAAAAGAGCUGGAAGAAAAAAUGGUGGCUCUGAUGCAAGAGAAAAAUGAUUUGCAACUUCAAGUUCAAUCUGAAGCAGAUGGCUUGGCUGAUGCAGAGGAACGAUGCGACCAGUUGAUCAAAACAAAAAUCCAACUUGAAGCAAAAAUCAAAGAGUUAACCGAAAGGGCAGAGGAUGAGGAAGAGAUCAAUGCUGAGCUGACGGCCAAGAAGAGGAAGCUGGAGGAUGAAUGCUCAGAGCUGAAGAAAGAUAUUGAUGACCUUGAGCUGACACUGGCCAAGGUUGAAAAGGAGAAGCAUGCCACAGAGAACAAGGUGAAAAACCUCACAGAGGAGAUGGCAGGCCUGGAUGAAAACAUCGCAAAGCUGACCAAAGAGAAGAAAGCCCUGCAGGAGGCCCACCAGCAGACGCUGGAUGACCUGCAGGCGGAGGAGGACAAAGUGAACACCCUGACCAAGGCCAAAACCAAGCUGGAGCAACAAGUGGACGAUCUUGAAGGGUCUCUGGAACAAGAAAAGAAACUUCGCAUGGACUUAGAAAGAGCCAAGAGAAAAUUGGAAGGUGACCUAAAGUUGGCCCAAGAAUCCACAAUGGACAUAGAAAAUGACAAGCAGCAACUUGAUGAGAAACUCAAAAAGAAAGAGUUUGAAAUGAGCAAUCUGCAAAGCAAGAUUGAGGACGAACAGGCCCUUGGUAUGCAGCUGCAGAAAAAGAUCAAGGAGUUACAGGCCCGCAUUGAGGAACUGGAGGAGGAAAUCGAGGCAGAAAGGGCCUCCAGGGCCAAAGCUGAGAAGCAGCGCUCUGACCUCUCCCGGGAA